AUGCGAUGCGCGAGCAAGGCCGCCGAGAGCGCGUCCGCACGUCUCUGUGCGGACGCCGAAGCAGAAACCGCAGCAACAGAUGUUUUAACGGUUGCUAAAGCGACUCAGCCUGCGUCACCUGGUGAUGCAGGCGCUCAUCAUGACGACACUCAUGUCUUCACGGAGUAUGAGCUCGGUGUCUCAUACUCUCCUGAUACGGAAGACGGAUCCGUAUCGACGGCGAUCGAAACCAAGCCGCCUGCCAAGCGUGGCAUGGAUGAUGCUAUGCGUCGUAGCAUCUUUGGUUCAUCUGAUGAAUCAGAUGAAUCAGAUGAACCAUCGCCGAAGCGAAGGCGCUCGAGGUCGCGAGACUCGGGCGCUAACAGUGGUGUCGGUUCUCCUAUUGACACCACUUCGCAGCGAGGUACCAGUACUUCUGUCGGCACGUCGCAGGAAGAGCAGGACUGCAACGUGUUGCGUCUCGCUCCUGAAAAGAAGGCAUGGAUGCCUCCAAAAUCCGUCAUGGAUCACUUGUCGGCGACGACGAGUGAUCGUUAUCGAACACGAUUGUUCGAUUCGUCAAGGAUCCAUCACCUUGACCCCAGUGCGAAAGACUAUCGCGCUGAAAAUGAGUUCUUCAUCGAUGCUUUCUUCAAACAUCGAUGGUACAGUGGGAAUCACAAACGUGAUGGUCCCUCACUGCUUCAAGCGUGGAACUCCUACAUCCAUAACCUCGAGGAUGUAGGUCGUGACGCUUGA